CGAUGCAAUUGCGGGGAAGGAAUGGGCUGGAAGGGUCCAAGAGAUUGGCCGACCGUUUUUUCGACUGGCAAUUCCCUGCGGGCGAUUAAUUGGGGGGGCUGCAAGAAGCAGACCAAACAGCCCAAAGCCACCAUCACGAGUCCCGCUGAGGUAAGCAGUCCAGCCCUGGCUCACCGCCGGCAGAAUAGUUGAUCCGCCAGAUUUUUUUGGCUGCCCCGUUUGGGUAAUCGGCAUCAUUCUCUCCAAAAGUUCAUCUUCCAUCUUCAACCUUUCCCCCGCCAUCCACCCGCCACCAUGGUCUCCAGAAAGUCGAUGUCCCGGCCGCCGCCGACGGCCGGCCUGGAGGUCAAGCCCCGCAACAAGAUCCAGCGCAAGAUGCUUCACAUCAAGCGGAAGCGCGCCAAGGAUGCCGCUCGUCACGCCGAGCGACAUGCAUUCAAGAAGGAGGAAGCUAAAAACCCCAAGCUGAAGGCGGAGCGGCUGAAGCGCAACAUCCCGCUGACUAUCGACCGCAAGCGUGUCUGGGAUGAUGCCGACAGCGACGUGGAGGAUGGCCUGGGACUGAGUGUGGAUGUUGAGCGCAUCAAGCGGCGCAAGCAAGAGGAGGAAGACGAGUUGAACCGGCCCUUGGACGAGAACGAGCAAUCCUCGGAGGGAGAAGAAGAGUCGGAGGAGGAAGACGACGACGUGGACAGCAUGCUCGCCAGCAGCGACGAGGAGGACGAGCAGGACGAGGACGAGGACGACGAUGACAACAACACCAAGAAAUCUACGGACGACAGUCGCGGACGCCACAAAUCCGCCCUCCCGUCUGCCACCGAGCGCGCCACCAGUCCAUCGCAAUCCACCAAGAGCACGAACCUCAGUGCUGUCCCGGACGCCCUAGCCGCGAAAUUCCCAUCCCUAUUCAACACCGAGAAGCCCGUCUCCCCGAAGAUCCUGAUCACCACCUCGCUCAACUCGUCUCUGCACCACGAAGCCGAGCUCCUGACAGACCUGUUCCCCAACUCCGUCUACGUGCGUCGCUCGCGCCACCGUUUCGCGCACCAAUUCUCGAUUCGCGAGAUCUCCAAGUUCGCCUCGAAUCGCAACUUCACGGCCGUGGUCAUCCUGCGCGAGGACCAGAAGAAGCCCACCGGGCUGGACAUCGUGCAUCUGCCCACCGGCCCCAUGUUCCACUUCUCCAUGACCAACUGGGUCGAGGGCAAGCGUAUUCCGGGCCACGGUAACGCCACGGAGCAUUGGCCGGAGCUGAUCCUGAACAACUUCCGCACCCCUCUGGGUCUCUUGACCGCGCAUCUGUUCCGGACCCUGUUCCCCCCGCAGCCGGAUAUCGAGGGUCGCCAGGUGGUCACCGUCCUCAACAGCCGCGAUUACCUCUUCUUCCGUCGCCAUCGCUACGUGUUCCGCGAGAAGCGUGAGACGGAGAAGGCCGUCGUCGGCGCGGACGGCAAGGAGAUGAAGGGCGCCGAGGGCAUCCGCGCCGGUAUGCAGGAGCUCGGCCCCCGGUUCACCCUCAAACUGCGUCGUGUCGAUAAAGGUAUUCAACGGGCCAGUGGACAGGAAUGGGAAUGGAAGGGUGGGAUGGAGAAGACGAGGACGAAGUUCCAGCUCUAAUGUUGUCCUUUUCUUUUCUUCUUUACCCUUCUACCCCCCCCCCCCAAAAUCAUUGUCUCGCUAUCUCUAUUUCUGUUCAUGUUUCUAGCCUUUUGUCGUUGCUCGACUGCAUUGGGUUCGGACGGCGUUAGGAUCAAAAAGGGCCUGUCUGUUUUUUUCUUAUCUUGAUUUAAGCCAUUAGGGUAUGUAUGUAUGUAUGGAGAUACCACGUCUGGUAGUCACGACUGGCGGGCUGUCUAUAGAAUUAGAUACAUGAGAAUCUGAUCUGAUCUAGCCUCCAUUG